GAAGACUAGAAGAAGCAGGGGUUUCUCUCAAGAAGAUAUUUUAUUUUUCAACAACAACCACAACCACAACCACAACCACAACAGAAGCUAGCUAGCUAACAAACAGUAACCAGAGCAGCAUACAUGGAGAUGCAGGACGAGGCGAUAGUCGUCGUCGCGAGGCCAGAAGAAGCAGCAGCAGCAGCGGUCGUCGCCGUGCGCCGCAUGAACAGCAGCGGCGUUGGCAAGAUGAGCUACGCCGACAACUCCGACUUCCAGCGGGUCAUCGCCUCCGUCACCAAGAAGGCCAGGCAGGAGCUGGCGGCGGCGCUGUACCGCGCCCGUGGCCGCCCGGACUCCAUGGCCAUCGCCGACCUGGGCUGCGCCACGGGGCCCAACGCGCUGCUCAAUGUGUCCGACGCCGUCGAGGCCGUGCUGGCGGAGAACCAGCACCACCCGCCGCCCCAGCUCCACGUCUUCCUCAACGACCUCCCCGCCAACGACUUCAACGCCGUCUUCCGCCUGCUGCCGUCGUCGCCGCUCGCCGCCACCGGCUGCUGCCUGGUGUCGGCAUGGCCUGGAUCCUUCUACGAGCGCGUCUUCCCGGAGGCCAGCCUGGACUACGUCGUGUCCUCAAGCAGCCUGCACUUCCUGUCCAAGGCGCCGACGAUGAGGAUGGAGCAUCCCGUUAACCUUGGCCGCGUCUACGUCUCCGAGUCCGGCCCCGCCGCGGUGCUGGACGCCUACCGCUCCCAGUUCCACGCCGACUUCCUCGCUUUCCUCUCCUGCCGCGCCGUCGAGGUGAGGCCCCGCGGACUGCUCCUCCUCACCUUCGUCGCCAGGAGGACCGCCCGCCCCACCGCGCACGACUGCUACCUCUGGGACCUCCUCGCCGACGCCCUCAUGGACAUGGCCGCCGCCGGCCUCGUCGACGAGGACCAGGUCCACGCCUUCAACGCGCCCUACUACAGCCCCUGCCCGGACGACCUCGCCAAGGUCAUCGCCAAGGAAGGCUCCUUCACCGUCAGGACCAUGCAGCUCUUCGUCACCACGCGCCGCUGCCUCCUCCUCCAGGCCCAGGCACAGGCGGACGACGACGACGACGAGUUGCCGCGGUGGCUAGCCAUGGAGACGGCGAGCACCGUUAGGGCGGUCGUGGAGCCCAUGCUGCGAACGCACUUCGGCUGGGACGCCAUCGCCAUGGAUGGACUCUUCUGCAGGUACAGCCUCCUGCUCGAGGCAUACUACCGCAGCAACACCAGCAGAAACAAGGACGACCUCACCAACGUCUUCCUCGUCUUGGAGAAGAAACAGCACUAGCGCUUUUUUCUAGCUCCAGUCUCCAUCCACGAUCGUCCUCGAUCUGUUUCUUCUGGAAAAAAAAAAUUACGUGUUUACCGUCGACUAGUACUAAGCUUCGAUCAAUUCCUUGCUUCUUGUGCUCCUUUCAAUUCGUCGACGAUCUAUCUUGUGCUCCCGAGAGGCUCCAACGAGCAUUAGGGAGGAAGCACGAACUUCUCAUAAAAAUACCGGCCGUCUAUAUAUAUCGUCGGAAGUUUGUAUCUUUAUCUCAAUUAAGCUUCCACAUUUACUCAUAUUUAUAUA